AAACAACUCCCUUAUUUAUCUUAUUUUUGAGAUACUAAUUUCAUCUCUUAAACAUACAGAUAAAGAUUACAAUUUAAGUCCUAAAAUAUAAUAAUGGGUAUAGAUUACAUCUAAUAAAAGCAAGUAGAAUUGCAAGAUUAGUUCAAAGCUUGAUUUGUUUUUGUUAGAGAAGAUAGAAUUAAGUGCAAAAUAGUUCCUGUAAUUUCACUCCAAAUACCCAACAAAGUCCGAAGAGGAGGAAGGGUCAUUUUCCCAUUUAGAAGCCCUGUACUGUCAAAACCCCCUUCCAUGUUCUUUGAAAGAAACACAAAAAGGCUUCAUCUUGAUGCAAAGCUAAGUAACACCAACCAAUUCCCCCCUCUCAUUUUCUUACACAUAUUCAAAUACAUAUAUACAUACAUAUAUACAUAUAUAUAUAAUAUAUACAACUUCCCACCUUCAAUACCAAGCCAGAAUACCAGACUCAGAAGACAAGCACAAGCUCUCUUGUAAGUCCCAUGUCUCUUUCUUCCUAACAACCCCCCUCUUCUGCCUUAUAUUCAACAAUAUAUAUAUAUAUAUAUAUAUAUCUGUGUGUGUGUGUGUGUGUAUAUAUAAACACAGAUAGAUAUAGGGGUGUAGCACACAUGUUAAGCAAGUUUAGGUAACUGAUAGCAACCUUGAACUCACAUCAAAAGUCCCUCCUUUUUACAGAAAUUCCCCAACAUGGGUUCUUGCAAUUCUUGGUUGAUUGCCAGGUGAAAUAACCCAGAAGAAGAACAACUUCCAUUUCUAUAAUUCUUGUUGGGUUGUAUAAAUUUUCACACACAAAGCACAAAAAGAAAAAAAUGCAGCUUCAUAUAUCACCAAGUUUGAGGCAUGUGACAGUGCUUCCAGGAAAAGGUGUUAGAGAGUUCAUCAAAGUGAAGGUUGGAGGUAGACGGCUUUCGUAUCGAAUGCUCUUCUACUCCCUUCUGUUCUUCACAUUUCUUGUUCGAUUCGUGUUCGUUCUGUCUACAGUCGAUAGCAUUGAUGGAGGAACCAAGUGUUCUACAAUAGGUUGCUUGGGGAAGAGGCUCGGACCGGGGAUUUUCGGAAGAAGGCUUGACUCAGCUAUCCCUGAAGUGAUGUACCAAGUAUUGGAAAAACCCAUUAACAAAGAUGAAUUAAAAGGAAGAUCUGACAUUCCUCAGUCAUUGGAAGAGUUUUUGAUUGAAGUCAAGAAGAGCAGAUUAGAUGCAAGAACCUUUGCACUGAAGCUUAGAGAAAUGGUGAGUCUAAUGGAACAAAGGACUAGAACAGCCAAAAUACAAGAAUAUCUGUAUCGUCACGUCGCGUCAAGCAGUAUACCAAAACAGCUUCACUGCCUAGCCCUAAGGCUAGCAAAUGAGCACUCCACCAAUGCAUCCGCUCGCCUCCAGCUCCCGUCAGCAGAACUAGUUCCUGCACUCGUAGACAACUCCUACUUCCACUUUGUUCUGGCCUCAGACAAUGUGCUUGCAGCAUCUGUUGUUGCCAAAUCAGUCGUUAAAAACGCGUUGCGCCCCAACAGAUUUGUACUACACAUAAUAACAGAUAGGAAGACUUACUACCCUAUGCAGGCAUGGUUCUCAUUGCACACUUUAUCACCUGCAAUAAUUGAGGUCAAGGCAUUGCAACAUUUCGAUUGGUUUUCGAAGGGGAAAGUGCCGGUUCUGGAAGUAAUGGAGAAAGAUCAACAGGUUCGGUCACAGUUUAGAGGGGGAUCAUCUGCAAUUGUGGCAAAUAAUAGUGAGAAACCUUAUGUUAUUGCAGCAAAGCUUCAAGCAUUAAGCCCCAAGUAUAAUUCUGUGAUGAAUCAUAUCCGGAUAUAUCUACCGGAGUUGUUCCCAAGUCUUGACAAGGUAGUAUUCCUGGAUGAUGACAUUGUGGUUCAGACUGAUUUAUCGCCACUUUGGGACAUCGAUAUGGACGGGAAAGUUAACGGGGCAGUGGAGACAUGUAGAGGAGAUGACAAGUUUGUAAUGUCGAAACGAUUCAAGAGCUACUUGAACUUCUCACAUCCUCUGAUAGCACAGAAUUUUGAUCCAAGUGUUUGUGCUUGGGCUUAUGGCAUGAACAUUUUCGACUUGGACGCUUGGAGGAAGACCAACAUUAGCCUCACAUACCAUUACUGGCUAGAACAGAACUUAAAAUCAGACCUGAGUUUGUGGCAACUGGGGACAUUACCACCAGGUCUAAUAGCAUUCCAUGGACAUGUCCGCGUUAUCGAUCCGUUCUGGCACAUGUUGGGGCUAGGAUACCAGGACAAUACAAGUUAUGAAGAUGCUCAAAAUGCUGGUGUUGUUCAUUUCAAUGGAAGAGCAAAGCCUUGGCUUGAUAUUGCAUUCCCAAAACUAAGGCCUUUGUGGGCUAAAUAUGUAGAUUUUUCAGAUAAGUUCAUCAAAGGUUGUCAUAUAAGGGCAUCUUAAUUAACUUGAAAGAAGAGAUGUACAAUGUUUGUAAAUGAGAGAAGUGAAGUUGUCUGGUGAGCAACCGGUUGAAUUUCCCGUUACCAAAACAAAGAUGAGGCCCCUCAAUACAGAAUGUAAAAGAUCAUAAAGCCUAAAAGGGUUUUGUUA